AUGGGAGCAGAGAUGGUGGUUGAAGAACAGAAAAGAGAACCUGAGGAUAAAGAUGAGGCAAUUCUCAGUCCUGAUUCUGAGUCUGAAAUCUCUGAUGCUGAUGACCCAGAAUAUGUGCCACAGGCCGAUGCAGAGGGAGAGGAGGAGGCCUUCGCUCUGGAGCUCCCUCCAAAGGCCGAAGCAGAGGCAGAGGAGGGCAUUGUUGCCCAAGAGCUCCCUCCAGAGGCCAAAGCAGCUGCAGCAUCAGAGGAUGUCGCGUCAGAGGCCAUCGCACCAGAGCUCCUUCAAGAGGCCGACACAAUGGGAGAGGAGGAGGGUAUCACCCCAGAGCUCCUUCCAGAGGCUGAUGCAGAGGAUGAGGCCUUCACCCUGGAGCUCCCUCCAGAGGUGGACACAGCAGCAGAGGAGGGGGCUGUCUCCACGGAGCACCCUCCAGAAGCUGACAUAGAGGAUGAGGCCAUUGCCCUGGAGCUUCCUCCAGAAGCCAAUACAGCAGCACUCCCUCCAGAGGCUGAGGCAGAGUCAGAGGAUGAUGUCACCCCAGACCUCCCUCCCAAGGGCAAGAUAGCUGCAGAGGAGGAGGCCAUUGCCACAGAGCUCCCUCCAGAUGCCAAUGCAGAAGCAGAGAAGAAGCCCUUCAUUCGGGAUCUCCCUCCAGAGACCAAUGAGGCCAUCACCCCAGAGCUCCCUCUAGAGACCGACAUAGCGACAGAGGAGGAGGCCAUCACCCCACAUCUCCUUCCAGAGGCCAAUGCAGAGGCAGAGGAGGAGGCCUUUGCUCUGGAGCUCCCUCCACAAGCUGAUGCAGAGGUAGGGAAUGAGCCCUUUGCUCUGGUGCACUCUCCAGAGUCUGUCACAGAGGAAGAGGGGGAGGCCUUCACACCAGAACUCCCUCCAGAGACCAAUCCAGAGGCAGAUGUGGAGGCAGACACCCCAGCACUCCCUCCAGAGGUCAAUGCAGUGGCAGAGGAGCAGGCCAUCACCCUGGAGCUCCAUCCAGAGGCCGACACAGUGGCAGAGGAUGAGGCCAUUGCCCCAGAUCUCCCUCUAGACACUGACACAGCAAUAGUGAAAGAGGCUGUCAGCCCGGAGCACCCUCCAGAGGCUGACACAGAGACAGAGGUUCAGUCCACAGAAUCAAGCAAUGGCUGUCAGAGAAUGGAGGGAAUUGAUCCUCAUGUGCUAGCAAUGGAUGGAGAUGUUAUUCUUGGAGGGCUUUUCCCCCUUCAUUACAUCACUCCAAAACCUGAUCAUGUUUUUACAGACCAACCACAGGUUCAGAGGUGUAGUGGAUUUGACCUGAGGGCUUUCCGCUGGGUCCAGACUAUGGUGUUUGCCAUUGAGGAGAUAAACAAGAAUCCCAGGCUUUUGCCAGGUGUGAAACUGGGUUAUCGGAUUCUGGACAGCUGUGAUAAUGUCCACACAAGUCUACAGAGUGCAUUCUCUCUGGUCAAUGGAUCUUCUCUCCAUCAGACAGAGGGUUCUGCAUCCAGAACCCUUCCUUGUCUUUCUAAAGCUCCUGUUCCUGCAAUCAUAGGUCUGGCAUCAUCCACACCAACCCGAGCUGUAGCCCAAACAUUUGGGCCUUUUGGGAUUCCUAUGAUCAGCUACUUUGCAACUUGCACAUGUCUGACCAAUAAGCAAGUGUACCCAACCUUCCUCCGCACUGUUCCCAGUGAUGUGUUCCAGGUGCAGGCUCUGGUGCAGUUGAUGGCCCAUUUUGGCUGGCGGUGGGUGGGCACAAUUGGCACAGAGGAUGAUUAUAGCCACUAUGGAAUUCAAGCCUUUACUGAGCAGCUGGCAGAAUGGGGUGGUUGUGUGGCUUUUCACCACACCAUCCCCAAAGUCCCCACUGCAAAACAGAUCGGUGCCAUUGCUGAUGCCCUGGAGGCCUCCACAGCCCGAGUGAUUGUGGUAUUUGCCACAGAAGGUCAACUUCUAGAGCUGCUAUCAGAGGUGGCACGCAGAAACUUGACAGGCUGGCAGUGGGUGGCCAGUGAAGCCUGGGUAACUGCCAGUAUUCUUACAGCCCCGGUGUUUCAGCAUGUGUUAACAGGGACUCUGGGAUUUUCCUUCAGGGGUGCAAAUAUAUCUGGGCUGGCUGAAUUUCUUCUGAGAAUACAGCCCUCUGAUAACCCAGAAUCAGUCUUCACUAACAUGUUCUGGGAAGAACAGUUUAACUGCCAUCUGGAUUAUGCCAGCAGUGAGAAUUUGGACAGGCCACUGUGUACUGGUUUGGAGAAUCUUGAGCAAGUUGAAAGCAGCUACACAAGUGUGACUCCGGUGCGGGUUUCCUACAAUGUGUAUAAGGCAGUGUAUGCAAUUACUCAUGCGCUACACCACCUACUACAGUGCACAGCUAUAGCACAAGCCUCAGGCCAGAGAAGCUGUAACACUGGGGCAGAAUUCACACCUGGACAGUUGCUAUAUCAUCUGAGGAGAGUGAACUUCACAAACCAGUUUGGAGAAAAGGUGUAUUUUGAUGAAAACGGUGAGCCAGUACCUCUCUAUGACAUCAUAAACUGGCAGAAAGAUGGCCGAGGUGGAAUCAGGUUUCAGAGAGUGGGUGGAUAUGAUGGUUCAGCCCCCAAUUGGCAGCAGCUCAAGAUGGACAUGGACUUGAUAGAGUGGACAGGAGGGCAGAGCCAGGUGCCUUUGUCUCUGUGCACGGCUCCCUGUCCUCCUGGGACUCGACAGGCCAUACGACCAGGCCAACCCAUCUGUUGUUUUGACUGUCUGCCUUGCACUGAGGGAGAGUUCACCAAUACAUCAGGAGCCACAGAAUGCAUCCGGUGUCCUCUGUACUACUGGUCCAAUGCUGAGCGUGUGGCAUGUGUGGCAGGCAUAGAGGAAUUCCUUUCAUUUCAGGAGAUCAUGGGCAUCAUCCUUGUUACCCUCUCCCUCCUUGGAGUUGCUUCAGCAACUGCUGUCUCUGUAAUCUUCUACCUCUUCAGAUCUACACCUAUAGUCAAAGCCAACAAUUCAGAGCUGAGUUUCCUGCUUUUGCUGUCACUGAAACUCUGUUUUCUGUGUUCACUGGUGUUUCUGGGUCGGCCUUCAAUGUGGUCCUGUCAGGCCCGGCAAGCAGCAUUUGGCAUCAGUUUUGUCCUUUGCAUCUCAUGCAUUCUGGUCAAAAGCAUUGUGGUGCUAUUGGCUUUCCACUCCACCAUGCCUGGUACCAGUUCCCUCAAACGAUUUGGUCCUCCUCAGCAAAGAGCAUUUAUUAUCAGUUGCACUGCAGGCCAAGCCAUACUCUGCAUUAGUUGGUUGUCAUUAGCACCCCCUUACCCUUUUAAGAAUACAUCUUACCAGGGCGGAAGGAUCAUACUGGAGUGUAAGGAUGUCUGGCCUCUGGGCUUCUAUUUGGUACUUGGUUAUAUUGGUGUCCUCUCCUGUGUUUGCUUCAUUUUGGCCUUUUUGGGCCGGAAACUUCCAGAUACAUUUAAUGAGGCCAAGUUAAUCACAUUCAGUAUGCUGAUCUUUUUUGCUGUUUGGAUCUCAUUCAUACCUGCAUACAACAGCACCCCAGGGAAAUACACAGUAGCAGUGGAGAUAUUUGCCAUCCUGGCCUCCACUUUUGGCUUGUUUUUCUGUAUCUUUGCUCCUAAAUGUUACAUUAUUCUGCUGAGGCCUGAACUUAAUACAAAAAAAGGAAUGACUGGAAAAACAUCAAAAUGA